AUGAGUGCAGCUCAACCAAAUACCAACGAGAAACCCCCGUCCACUCUUAACUUACCUCCAUCGAAUGACCCUCCGCCAUCGUAUUUGCCAGAUGAUCCCAAUGCGAGCAGUACGGCUCCAUUAGCGUCACUUCGAGAGCUUCAUUUUGAGCCACUAGGCCUACAAGGGUCUGUCAAUCCUGCCAUCGCUGGGCCGGUUACCACGGAUCAAUGUAUUGCGCAUUUAAAACUUUUGGCCGCUCUAGCGGAUCUUCGUGACACUAUUUCGACAACUGACGGCCUGUUUAAUCUCUACGACGCAGAGUAUGGAAAAUACCAGACCGAGGAAUACAGGCUCAAAGGUGCUCAAUUGAUUAGAGAAAAACGAUGGGCAGUAUAUGUCGGUAGAGCAGUGGACAGGUUCUCCCUCUGGCACGAAAAGUGCAUUAGGACUGAUGGCUUUGGUUCUAGUAAUGGGGCUCUUACCACUUACGAUAUGAAGCGUCCUGGUAGACAUGCGGCUUCAACGGCCUGGCAAGACACGAUUGCUUGGACUGUUGAUAUUAUGCCUCCUUUAGAUGUUUUGAUGGUAUGGCAUGCAUACAUGCUGAAUCCUCGAGAUUUUCUAGAAGACUGCAUUCGCCUAGGCAAAAUGAGCUUCUGGAGGACGGGUUUACCAUGGGCAAUUGUGAAUUCCAGCAUCGACCAUAGAACAUUUGAGUACACCCCUCCAUCCGAAGCAGCAGCAAAUUUCAGCAUGCAAACGGGCCUUCAGUGGGACAGCAAUCAUGAUAGCCCGUGUAAGUCUUUAAACUGCCCACAGUGUGAAGCUCAUGUAAUUGUUCCAUGGCAACAAGAAAACCCACAGAUCGGAUCAAUAGAUCAUCCCUUUGAAUACUGCGACGGUUUUGGAGACGAAAACUUCAAAGCCGUUUGCAAUAAUUGUGGGGUUACUAUCACGCACGAAAAGCUUCGCGUUGCGAAGUUUCGUCGUGACGUACAACGUCUUGUUACGGGAUGUUUUCCGAUGCCCGGGACCAUUUUGGACACGACUGGGGUCCCAGAGGACAGAGAUGAGGAUCACCGCGGGCCUUCUUUCCCCAACAAUCUCAUCAGGCUAGUAAUUCGUGGGCCGCUACGCAAUCUAGUUGACCUCGCCCAGAACCCCUCUGCAUCAAUGUCUAUGGUACGCGAUUUCCUAGGUGAGACCCUCGCGGAUGAAGAAAAGGUCCAGAAAGCACUUCAUGGUGCAGCGUCCAAACCCGAUACUGAAGAACGCAUCGCCAUCCGAAAAAUGAUGUCUCGAUACUGGGAUAACUCGUCGCCUUUCGCACUUGACCUCGUCGGAGCAGUUAUCCGCCAGGGAACAUUCACACAAAAGAUGGACAACAUUGACUGGAUACACUCGCCCGCACUCGAGUCAACCAUGAACCGCCUCAUCACGAAAUAUAUAUAUUUCUUCCGAAUUAUAUCGGAGAACCGCACAGAAAUGGCCGUCCCUACGCUUGACGUUGACCUCGCCUAA